AUGGUGGGUACCCAGAUGGGAGGCUACCCUCUCCUGCCACCAGGGUCAUCCUGAGGCCCUUCUUCCCUGAGCCAGCACUGCCCAAAGAAGAGGGGAGGGGGAGAGAGACAAGAGCGGCCUGGGUGAGCCGGGGGGCAUGGGAAAGGGGCUGGCAAGCGUCACAGGCAUCACAUGUAAAGCUCCGGGCCAUUUGCGGUCCAUCACCCACUCCCACCCUAGCUUCCAUUUUUAGCUCAAACCUGCUGUAUCAGGAGGGGAGGCGUCCAGGAGGUCAAGGUGGUUAGGAAACAUGUCCAGGACAUCUGAUAAGAUUUAGUGGGACAGAGUGCUCCUGGGAGAGAUGAGGCUGACCCCUGGGGGAUGAUCAGCAGAGGUGGGUGAGGGGAUGUUCUGGGAGAUGGUGGGGAGACUGAGUGUGCUGACGUGAUGGGCAGGGACUAAGGGGAUUAGGGCCCGAUGGCUGGUGUUGGGAGGCUGUUGCUGUUGGAACAGAGGUGCCUCAGGAGGUGAGGUUAACUGGGUCUCUGGUGGGGAGGGACAUUAGAGGAAACUGGCUCCAGAGGGUGGGGCCCUGUGUGGAUGCUCCUGGUCCCGAGGGUCUGGCGGCCUCAGCUCUCGCUCCCCGUAGUGCCCCUGGCCAGAGGGAACCUGGUGCAGUUUGGGGUGAUGAUUGAGAGGAUGACAGGGAAGCCCGCACUGCAUUACAACAACUACGGCUGCUACUGUGGCAUCGGCGGUGCCCACUGGCCUGUGGACCAGACCGACUGGUGCUGCCAUGCCCACGACUGCUGCUACGGGCACCUGGAGAAACUGGGCUGUGAACCCAAACUGGAAAAGUAUCUGUUCUCCACCAGCAGGUGCAACAUCUUCUGUGCCGGCAGAACCGCCUGCCAGCGGCAGACCUGCAUGUGUGACAAGAGGGCUGCACUCUGCUUUCGGCACAACCUGGACACCUACAACCGCAAAUAUGCCCACUACCCCAAGAAGCUGUGCACCGGACCCACCCCACCCUGCUAAGGCUUGCAGGGCCUCCUCCCUGGGGCCCCUCAUGGCUGCCGUAGCCCCAGGCCCAGGGUGCAUCAGCACCAAAGUCAAAAUAUAAUCUUGCUUCAUCUCCCUCUAGAAAAUUUCUCUCCUGGAAACCUAUGCCUCCCUGGAGGCUCCUAGACUGUGGCCUGGAGCACCUCUAGCCUCCCAGCCACAUCUUCCCUUUAGGAACUGCCACAGAACCCUUCAGCAUCCAGAAGAUUCCAUGACCCACUUCUGGGAUCUCAAUUUCCUCUUUUGAAUAUGUGAAUAAUGUUUCCCCAUAAUUCUACCAUUCCUCGAC